AUGCACGACGAGCAGGACCCGUUUGUAGCAAAUGACGAUGAUUCCACGGUAGCAGCAGCAGCAGCCAUUACAAAGCAAUUCGAUCUCGAUCGCCUUCCUGCAUCCUUUCAACAAUUCCUUGACGACAAUGCGAUCGAUCCACGCAUAUACACUGUCAGCGAUCUUCCCCGCUAUGUACGUCUCAAUACGAAUGCCAUUGCUUUACCUUCCUUGGACGACUUGAAAGAACAACUUGGCACGGAUGAUGUAUGGCAAGUGAAGGAUGGUAUCUUUGGAUUCUUGCAUGCCAAGCAUCGACUGGUCGAUAUUGCAGCAUACAAGAAUCGAAGUCUAUUUGGGAUUGAUCUUAGUUCAGCCAUGGCCGUAGAAGCGCUUGACUUGCAAGCCAAUGAUCAAGUCCUUGACAUGUGUUGUGCGCCGGGUGCCAAGUUAUGCAUGAUUGCCAAUCGGAUCGAGGCUUCCGGUAGUGCUACAGGUGUCGAUUGUGCCGCUCAUCGUUUGGCUACUUGUCGCUCAUUGUUGAAAAAGUACAAGGUCGGCUCACACGUUCGUCUCUUUGAAGCGGAUGGUACAACAUUUGCAAUCCCACCACCCCUCGCACCCAAGGAACGACAACAGAAACAUACGCUUCAUGCCAAUCACCGCAGGCCCUAUUGGGCUCCCAAGAUGCUACGCUUCGAUCCACAAACAUCCACAGCCUUGUAUGAUAAAGUAUUGGUGGAUGCAGAAUGCACCCAUGAUGGAUCCAUCAGCCAUAUCCUCAAGUACGAGAAAUGGGGAUGGGAUGCAUUUGAACGCAACUUUAUGAAUCCAGAUCGAUUAUCGACCGUAUGCGAGCUACAGCGAAAUUUGAUGAAACAAGGAUGGAAGAUGCUCAAGCAGAAUGGGAUUAUGGUGUACAGUACUUGCUCUCUCACAGUCCAACAAAAUGAAGCCAAUGUUGCGUGGUUUUUGAAACAUCAUCCGGACGCUGUAUUGGAAGACGCGGACAAUGCUGGUAUCAAAUUGGCCAAUAUCAAAAAGGUGGAAGGCAUUGAGGAGGACAUUCAACAGGCGAUGGAACAACAUUGUUUAAGAUUUGAUCCUUUAAUUAGUCAAACUAGUGGUUUUUUUCUGGCUCGGUUAAGGAAACAUUAA